GUUCUCCAUGUAAGUAAAAUCAAAAUUGAUCAUGUAGAUAAGUUUUGAAUCAAUUAAACUCAUUAGUCAUAUUUAAUUAAUAUUCCCGAUUAAAGUUGAAUAUUGAAGAAAGCUGAAUUUGGAUGUUUUAUGAUGUUGAGCUUCUUAAGAUUUGACGUACGUUGCUCGGCGUUGGUGUUGGUGUUGGCUACGCUAAACAUGAGCUCUUAGCAUAGGGCUGAAAAAAAUUGUGCAGUAUUAUUCAAAUUUCUGGCAAUGACAUUUCAAAAUGGCUCAAAAAGGACAAAAAGCUAUUGUGACAUCAGUAUUCCAAUGUUCUGUGAGCAUUAUCAACCACUUCUGGUUGAAGAAAUCGGACUUGAAUAUCACCCUUAUUUGCUUCACCACGGAAAAUGUGUUCUCAUUGGAUACCUGAAACAACGAAGCAACUAUCUUGAAUCUCUAAUGAUACCGAGCUUACCUAUAGAAAUGCAACUACCAGACGCUACUUGCAGCAUACGAUUGAACUUCAAUAACUUCCGCGGACUAGUUCCCCGCAAUUGUACCGUUCGAGUGUAUGGCACAAUACUGUUAUAUGGCCCUCACAAUUCUCCUCACAUGAAUUCCCGGGAUCUAGCGAGCUACCUCAGCGACCUGAUAAAAAACAUGGAGACGAGUAAUUUUAAUAAUGUUGACUUAAUUAGAAUUUUGUGUGAGACGCGGAGAUCAAUGAAAUUGAACUACAUUCCGUAUCUCGAUGUACAUGAUUGCGAACGGGUAAUUGAAGCCAGGGAACUGAUCGGAUGUAAUCUAAGAUUAAAAUGUAUAAACAAAAAACUGCAAAAUGAAUAUUUUAUGUAGAGUGGUGUUUACGCAUUUAUUUACUUCAAAUGUAUAAACAAGGGAAAGUGUGUCACAAGAAUAAUAAAGUCAAGAAUAUUUUGCUUUUUGAUUUGCUGAAGUAAA